AUGUCCGGCAACCGGCAGGCUAGAUUCAAUCAACAUGUCCUCAUCGACACCACGCCCAUGCCCGAUGAGGUUCCGAAGGUGGAAGAAAUUGGAGCGAGCUCCGCGCCUUUGAUGAGUGCCUCGUAUUUUAUUGGCGAUCGAUGCAAAGCAUUCAAUGACGACUACAUGAAAUGCAAGGAGGAGGCAAAUGGGAAAGGAGAAUUGGAAUGUUUGAAAGAAGGCCGCAAGGUCACUCGCUGUGCCGCGAGCGUGCUAAAAGAUAUCAACACACACUGUCUUAAGGAAUUCCGUGGCCAUUGGGAGUGUCUUGAAAACAACAACCAGCAGCUCUGGCAUUGCCGGGGCCCCGAACAGAAGCUCAACGCUUGCGUCUUUGACAAGCUCGGACUAAAAAAGGUCAUCCCUGAUACUCCCGAAGGUCAAACUCCAGUGCACCUCAGGAGAAAGCAGAUAUUCGCCAAUUCCCAAGCCCCGCAAUGGUAGAUUUCAUUUACAAUUGAUUCCGUGAUGUAUAUAUCGAAAUGAUCGCGUCGUUAUCCUUUUCUUUUUUUUUUUCCGUCUGUUCCUAUAGAAUCUUAUCCCCGCUUUUCUCGGGCCCGUCUUGCACUUGACCAGGCAUCGCGAUGCCUUCCUCUCCGUGUGGAUUCGCAGCACUAUGCUGUUCCCACGCGCGUUGUGUCGCGAAAAACUAUUCCUGUCGUUUGAAAUCAUCAAGUUCUAUUUUUCC